AUUGUAUUGCUUCAUCUGUUGAAUGCCCAAUUUUUUUCCUUUUUUCAUUUUCACUUUCUCAUGAAAUUACAGGCGGCAUGGAGCAUCGGCAACCUCAUGCUCAAAGACUCUGCAACCUUAUCGUACGUAAUCCAAAACUUAGCUCAAACCAAACAGUUACAGAAAGGAAAACAGUUUCACGCUCAGCUGAUUUCUACUGGAUACCCGCUAUCUACAUUUCUCACCAAUCAUCUCCUCAACUUGUACUCGAAAUGCGGAUGUAUAGACUAUGCGGACAAACUGUUCGAAAGAAUGCGUCAAAGAAAUUUGGUUUCUUGGACUGCUAUGAUAACUGGGUUUUCUCAAAAUUUAGAGUACUUGGAGGCGGUGAGAACCUUCUCGCAAAUGCGAUUUGCCGGAGAAAGCCCGACCCAGUUUGCAUUUUCCAGUGUUAUUCGAGCUUGCGUGUCACUUGGGUCUAUUGAGUUAGGGUGGCAGAUUCAUUGUCUUGCGUUGAAAUGUGGAUUUGGUUUUGAUAUGUUUACGGGUAGUAAUUUGGUGGAUUUGUAUUCGAAGUGUGGGUUCAUGAUUGAUGCUUGUAAGGUUUUUGAAGAGAUGGAGUGUAAGGAUGAGGUGUUGUGGACCACGCUGAUUGAUGGGUAUGUGAAGAAUGGUAAUUUUGAGGAUGCCUUAUUAGCAUAUAAAAGGAUGAUUGAUGAUGGUAUUAUGGUAGAUCAUUAUGUUCUUUGUAGUACUUUAAGUGCUUGCGGGGCUCUUAAGCCUUUUAAAUUUGGAAAGUGCCUUCAUUGUUUUAUUGUGAAAAUGGGAUUUGAGGGUGAGAUUUCUGUGGGUAAUGCUCUCACAGACAUGUACUCGAAAAUGGGAGAUAUGGAAAGUGCUUCAAAUGUUUUUGGGAUUGAUUCUGAAUGUAGAAAUAUUGUGUCAUAUACUUCCUUGAUUGAUGGGUAUGUUGAGAUGGAUCAAAUUGAAAAGGCUUUGACUGUUUUUGCUGAGUUAUGGAGAAAAGGUAUUGAACCUAAUCAGUUCACCUUCUCUAGUUUGAUCAAGGCUUGUUCUAACCAAGCUUUACUUGAACAAGGGACCCAACUUCAUGCUCAAGUGAUCAAGUUGAAUUUGGAUAAAGACUAUUUUGUUUCUUCAGUACUAGUUGAUAUGUAUGGAAAAUGUGGGUUGCUUGAUGAUUCAGUUCAAGUGUUUGAUGAGAUUGAAAGCCCAAGUGUAAUUGCAUGGAAUUCAAUGAUAAGUGUUUUAGCUCAGCAUGGAUUCGGAAAAGAUGCAAUGGAAACAUUCUGUAGGAUGAAAAAUAAUGGUGUUGAACCAAAUUCAGUUACAUUCGUCAGUCUUUUAAUAGGUUGCAGUCAUGCUGGAUUAGUCGAGGAAGGUUUAAAUUUAUUUUAUUCUAUGGACAGAAGUUAUGGGGUAAUGCCUAGAGGAGAACAUUACUCUUGUGUUAUUGAUUUACUUGGACGGGCUGGAAAGCUCAAAGAAGCCGAAGAAUUUAUAAAUAGCAUGCCCUUUAAACCAAAUGCUUUUGGAUGGUGUUCUUUCCUUGCAGCCUGCAAGAACCAUGGUGAUAAAGAGAGAGCUAAACUUGCAGCCGAAAACCUGAUGCAACUUGAACCUGAAAACAGUGGAGCUCAUGUUAUGCUUUCAAAUAUUUUUGCAAAGGAAAAGCGAUGGGAAGAUGUGAGGACACUUAGGAAGAUGAUGAGAGAUGGCAAUGUGAAGAAGAUGCCAGGUUAUAGCUGGGUUGAUGUUGGAAACCAAACUCAUAUUUUUGGAGCCGAAGACUGGUCUCAUCCCCAACAGAAAGAAAUUUAUGAGAAGCUCGAUACUCUUCUUGAUGAGAUAAAGAAGGCUGGAUAUGUUCCUUGCACAGAUUCCAUUCCAUUGGAUAUGGAAGAUUCUCUGAAGGAGAAAAUACUUCAGCGUCAUAGUGAGAGGAUUGCAGUCGCAUUUGCCCUACUAAGCUUGCCAGUUGGGAAACCUAUUAUUGUGAAGAAAAACUUACGGGUAUGCUCAGAUUGUCAUUCUGCAAUUAAGUACAUAUCUAAGGUGGUUGGAAGAAAGAUUAUUGUCAGGGAUAAUAGUAGAUUUCACCAUUUUGCUGAUGGGUUGUGUUCCUGUGGAGAUUUUUGGUAAAUUCUCUAAAGCUUCAUGUACUGCAAGCAUUACAUCCCUCAUCAUCGAUGAGAUGUGAGUACUGAUCUCAGCCAAAGAUUUGCAAACCUUCUUCAUCUGCUUUCUCUGCCUUUUAAAACUGGAUAUGCCGAUGACUAGGGAAGGAAGUGCAGCUGAAGAUGAAUGUAAUUUAGGAUAUAAAGGGAGCUGAUCAUGAGAUAAGGUGAUUGCUGAUAAGGAUUUGAAGAACUUCCUACACGGUAUGCAGUGGAAAGAGGGCUCGACUAAAUGAGGCAAAACUUGUGAGAAAAAAAAAAUCAUUUUUCCUUUUUGUUUAUUUUCAAAAUUCCAUACUUUACAGUGU